AGACCUGUUCCAAGGUUCUUGAUGAACAUUCAUCGCUACUACAAACUCUCGUUGUUGAGACCAAUCAUUCAACCGUCCUUAGUUCCUACCUCGCGACUAAAGACUCAGCUUAUUUCAAACACCGGAAUAAAGUCCCGUACAUUGUCCACCAUGGCGACUGCCACCAACAUCCACCUGUCGCCGACAGCAGACUCGGGAAUCUAUAGCUCAAAUGUCCGAGAAGAUUCAGCGCGGACAGCAAGUGAGAUUCUACAGGAGGACAUGGCAAAACACCACGUCUUCUUCAACGACUCAGGGUUCCAUAAUCAUAUCCCCCAUCACAUUCUCAGCAUAUAUGCCCUCGGAGCUACUCCCGAGCAGAUCAAAGCCGCAUACCAAGGCAAUAUAGGCUACCAGAGACCUGUGCGGCCAACUGACCAAGAAGUGGUUCUGGCCAUGCGUGACAAAGUCAAGUUCAAGGAAUAUCUCGGGAAGGAAAAGCAUUAUCCUAAUUAUCUGGCCUUCUUUCAGCAAGAACUUGACACGAAGGGUACUGGUGAUGUCUUGAAGGAGUAUGUAUUUGCUGGAGAUGAAAGGGCAGAGGAUAUGCUGUGUCGAGUGUUUGGUGGGCUGAUUCAUCCACUGAUCCACCUUGGCUUCGGCCUUGAAUUCAAUCAACCUGCCAUAGUAGCGCAAGGUCUUGCUCAAGCAGCCGUGCAUGACAACUGGAUCGGUCGUGAAUUCUUUUUGCCUGCGGAGAAGAUCGCUGGCGAGGUCGGAAAGCCAGGACAGAAGUCCCUUCUACAACUCUUGAACGAGAUUCGGGGAGAUCAGGCACUCAAAGACAGUGUUCGAUGGGCUGAUCAAAAUAAGAUCAGGGAUGGCGUGUUGACCAGGGCACCUGGGGCGAUGUUGAAAUAUGCCGCUCAGUUCACCGUCUCCGAAGACCAAGUCGAUGAGCGUUUGGCGGAUAUGAUUAACACAGUUGUCUACUAUACGAGUACCGCGCAGAGGCAUGACCGGGAGAUGAAGUUGGACUUUUUCCUCAUCCACUGUCUCAACUCAUCCAUCUUCUUUUCCAAGAUUGUCAAACUCCCAUACCUAGACCAGCAAUCCAAGCUCCGUCUACUGGAAUGGAAGGGACGAAUGGAUCUCCUCAUGUACACCUCGCGUGGCACACCGGAUCUUCUGCUGGAGGAGGUGGCCAAAUAUCCCGCGAAAGAGAACUGGUCGCAGAUCUUCGCGCGGAGCGUUGCCCACCCCGAUGAUGAUGGACAUCUGGCUAAGCUUACACGAGCACUGGCCCAUGGUCAAAAGGUCUGUGAGCCUUAUGAGAGCAGUAACCCCCAGAUGCCGAUUCGGGGAGAUGUGUGGUUGAGGAUUGGCAAUAUCGCGGUUGAUUCCACUGUUGAAGAGGGAAAGCCGAUGUGGGUUCGUUCAGCUGGAUUUGAUGAGGCGUGGGAACCUGAAGGAUCGCGUUUGUGA